GAAUGACUGGCUGUUGUGGGGCGCUUCUCGGCUGACACCAACCGUAACGGCCCCAUUCGUUUAUUCGCCAUCUACGAUCACCAUGCCCACCAAGAAGGUCAAGCGCACCACCACCACCACCACCACGACCAAGACCACUAAGGGGGUCAAGGUCUCGGCUGCCUCGAAGAAGGACCCCCUCUUCGUGUCUGCCCCCAAGAACUUCCGCAAGGGCGGUGACAUUCAGGUAUUUUGAAGCGCCGUCUCUAAAUCCUAUCGUUUAGCCUCUUUGUCUCUCGAUGAGAGGGACAAAGGCAGCGAUUUCACGCCCCUCAGUGGUGACAGAGGAAAAACGUUUGAGUGCGUUGCCAAAGUGCUGCGUGACUCGACCCCUCUUUCUCUGUCUCACUUGAUAACAGUGUAGCGGGUCCCCCACGACCGCAAUGACACAAACUUGUGGUGGCAAUUUCAUUCGUUCGCGAUGAUUUGCGCCUCAAGGCCCAAGCGUGACCUGUCCCGCUUCGUGCGUUGGCCACGUUACGUACGUCUUCAGCGUCAGCGCAAGGUCCUGUACCAGCGUCUGAAGGUGCCGCCGUCGAUCAACCAGUUCUCCAACACUGUGGAGAAGAACGUGGCCACGGACCUGUUCAAGCUGCUGCUUAAGUACCAGCCGGAGACCAAGGCCGCCAAGACCCAGCGUCUUCGCAACAUCGCUGCCGGCAAGGAGGAGGCCUCGGCCCCGCCCGCCGUCGUGAAGUUCGGUCUUAACCACGUGACCUCGCUGAUCGAGAACAAGAAGGCCAAGCUCGUGGUCAUUGCCCACGACGUUGACCCCAUUGAGCUUGUGGUGUUCCUGCCCGCUCUGUGCCGUCAGUUCGACAUCCCGUACUGCAUUGUCAAGGGCAAGGCUCGUCUGGGCCAGCUUGUGCACCAGAAGAACGCCGCUGUUGUUGCUCUGACGCACGUGAACAAGGAAGACAAGGCCAAGUUCGACUCGCUGACCCAGGUGUUCCGCACCAAGUUCAACGAGGACGUCCAGGCUCGUCGUAAGUGGGGCGGUGGCAUCAUGGGCCUGAAGACCCAGAAGAAGCUGGAGCUGCGCGAGAAGGCGAUCGCCGCUGAAGCUGCCAAGAAGGCCCAGUACUAAGUUAUGUACCGGGUUUGAAGCGCAAUGUGGCGUGGCAUGCCACCUCUUGUCUUCUUUAUUCGUAGGUGCUCUCGACAGGAAGCGUAGUCCUUCCUGGAAAGUGUAAUGGCUGAAUAACAUUCAAACAUCUAAAGUCACA